AUGAAAUCUGACAUCCACGAGCUCAGAGAGGACAUAAACACUAGUAAACAAGAGCAGGAUGUGAUGAAAUUAGAUGUUGAGGCUUUGAAUGACAGGACAGUGGGUAUUGAGAAGUAUUUGGAAGAAUUAGACACUAAACUGGAGGAUCAAGAGCAACGUAGCAGACGAAACAAUGUCGUGCUAUAUAAUGUGCCUGAGAGCGGUCAACGAGAGACAUACACUGAGAGUAAGGAUAAAGUUUUGACAGUUCUCAAUAAGGCCAGGGUAGUGAAGAAUCUCCCACCUUUAGUCCCGAGGGAUAUAGAAAGGGCACAUAGACUGUCUACUAAGAAGGGUGACAAGGCCAGGCCCAUUAUAGCUCGCAUGUGUCAUUGGGAGGAUAAGUGGCAAUCGGUGAAAAUGAGGAGUGUUCUGAAGGACCAGGGGUGGGGAUUGCUAACGACCUCACAACUUACCAACGCAAGGAACUUCAACGACGACGCAGUGAAAACCCUAACAUACGCUACUAUUUCAAGGGUAACAAACUGA